UUGGGGUCGAUGCAACCUCUUUGUCAAAUUUGAAAGACGUUGUGUACGUCGAUGGCUUAAGGUUGAUGCACUUCAUUCAAUCUGUGUUACAAGUGGCUACGGUUCUUCAGAUGCGGGAUCUGAGGAGUGUGUACCCCUCUCCUAAGAACUCUUGACGGGAUAUCUCAGCCACAAAAUCGCCACUUCAUCUGUGGCGGACCUAAGAAUUUUUUUUUUCUUGGGCGAGCUCAGGCAAAAAAAUUACACUGGCAACUUAACAUUGUUACGAGAAAACUAUGGCAUUCCGCUUUAACUUCUCUAACCCGGAUUCUGAUAAUGAAGACGAACAAUUGGAUACUGGCAUUCAAGCCAUUUCACUGAAGACGGAAUCUGAAGUUGAGCACGUAGAAAGCGACAGAAUGCAGGCUGCCAAGUUUGACAUUGAGGCUAUGAAAUUGCCAGAUACUUUACAGGCAGAUCGUGUUACUAUGUCGUCCAUCGCUUACACCAUGUACAAGCGCACCCUUGCCGACGUCAAGUUUCAAAUUGCAAGGCAAGAUGAUCUCGAAGCGGAGCAAACGCCAAUGAUAGAAAUGGCUGGAAACACCGAUUUGAUCAAGGGAAUUUACGAAGGCGGUUUCAAAACCUGGGAAUGCUCCAUAGAUUUAGUGGAAUUUAUGCAUACCAAGAUGGAUGAUAGUUCACUGACAAAUAAGAAGGUUUUAGAGUUGGGCUGUGGAUCAGCCUUACCCGGAAUCUAUCUAUUGAUGCGCCACGAGUCGAACCAAGUCGACUUUCAAGAUUACAACGAGCAGGUUUUACAAUACAUCACCAUACCCAACAUUAUACUUAAUACGGUUGUUGCUCCAAGUGAAGCUAGUGCUGAAGAUGAAGAGCCUGGAAUCGAACAUAAUGGCUUACCUCAGGAUAACGCCAAUAUUCUAGACCAUGACGGCCAGGAUGACGAAGACGAAGACGAAGACGAGCCGCACGCCGAUGAAGAGGAGAUGGACUCGGCAGACGCAGAGCUAGAGAUCUCGGAAACACAAGCACCUGAUAUUCUCAGCAAACUCAGCCAAAGAAGUCAAUGUUAUUUUGGAGAAUGGCAGUCGCUAACCAACGCAAUGAACCUCUCCGACAACUUGAACAAAUAUGACAUGAUUGUCACUUCCGAAACUGUAUAUUCCGAAGAAUCAAUUCCUGGCUUAGUUAAGGUUUUGCAAAACACACUCAAGAAGCCUGAUGGUGUUGCGUACGUGGCUGGUAAGACCGUGUAUUUCGGUGUAGGAGGAGGUAUCUUACCGUUCUGUGCCUGUGUGGAUGCUACUAAGGACAAGGAAAACCAUAAACUCAAAUACCAGAGCGUCUUUGAAACAUCAGGCAAAAACACUGUCAAACGCGAGAUUCUGAAAAUCACUUGGGAUAUAUGACGUGUAGGGGUCAGAAAAUAUAUUUAAUAUGAAAAAAAAAAAUGUACAUCUGCAUCUAAAACACGAGUAAAAGAGCAUACCAUCAUCUUAGACGGUUAGAUAUCUCGCAUGU